CAUAAUAGGAUUAACCAGAAUUGUUUAUGAGAUCCAACUCAACUCCGCCUUAGGAGUAGGAGUUCAGUAAAGUUUCGGAUAUAAAUAUAAAAUGUUAUCCAAUUUGAGUUCAAACCAAAGAUUAUUCAAGACGUUUGAAGCUUGUUAGUUUCUUUACAUAAACUUUGUUCUUUUUUGUUGAUAAGUCCAUUGGAAUUCAUACAAACGUUGAAAUGUCUUGCGAAUUAAAUAACCAAAACUUGGAAGUGAUCAAAGAUGCUGAUAAUUAUACUCAAAUGUGGAAGGAGCUUUGGUCUGCUCGGGACACAGCUUGGCAUUUGACCCAUCGUAAUCCAACUCUGGUUAAAUAUGAAGACCUUCUUCUUAAUGGACGAAAAAGUGUUCGUAUGCUAUUCCCAAUGUGCGGUAAGGUGAUUGACAUGAAAUACUUCUGGGAACAAGGUCAUGAGGUUUAUGGAGCUGAUUGUGCACCAGAAGCUGUCCAGGAUUUCUUCAAUGAACAAAAGCUUGAAUAUACCAGUGAGAAAUUGGAUGAAAGAGCUCAAAUUUAUUCGGUGCCCGAUAAACGACUCAACAUUAUCCAAACCAAUUUCUUAACUCUUGACAAUCCAAAGAUCAACAAAACCAUUGAUUGCGUUUGGGAUCGUGGAGCAUUUGGAACAAUCACUGAGGAUGAACAAAAACUUUACAUCCAAACUAUGAAACGUCUUUUGGCACCUGAUUUCCGUUAUCUUCUUCUCGUAACUGAGUUUGAUGACAAAAUAUGGACUGGUGUUCCAUUCAGCCAACCAGAGGAAAAAGUCCGAGAAUAUUUCGGAGAUUUCUGUGAAAUCCAGAAACUUGAAAGUAAAAUUCCAGAUCACGUUUCUCUGUACCAGAAGCACAUGCAAGCCCCAUUAAAAGUAUUGGAGACAUCUUAUUUACUCAAACCAAAGAACAGAAGUCAGGCUUAGAUCAAAUAUCCAGCUAUGGCGAUGAUUCAACCAUUCAUCAAUCGAUCAUUCACGAUUUUCUAGAAGACCAUGACGGCAAACAAUACUCGAUCGAUCACAAUUACCAAUUAGUUGAUUGUAGCAAGAGAUAACAUACGUUGACGCCAAGGAAAAAUAAACGAUGGAAAGAUUUGUACUUGGUUAAACCACUCUUUGGUUUAGGUAAAAGUAUCUUGAGUAGUUGUUAAUCAAAGUAUAAAAAAUUAUAGAUUGUAGCAGUAAAAAUAAAAACUUGAUUAUUAAUAUUAAACUGAUUAAUU